AAGCUGACUGAUCAUCUCUUUCUCUCUCUAUCUACAAUUAAGUUAUAUUCUUCCAUCCCAUCUCAUCUCAUGUUCAUUGAUGAGAUUAAAAUCACAAACUUCCAAACAAAGAGAACUAAUGGAAAGUGAGAUUUGCAAGUUUUAUUCUUUAGAGAUAAAAACCAGCCACCACCAAACACAACCCAAAAUCUUCUUCUUCUUCAUCUUCAUCUAAGUUGUGACAUAACAUCUAGCUAGCUAGCUAGCUGGUCAAUGGGUGUUGGUUGGAAUUGAUCUUAAGUUGUAACCAAGAUCCAUGGAUUGCUUUCACACCAUCAUCAGCAAGAUUAAUCAAGCUCAUUUUGUUGUCACUACUAUUAUCAAUCAUCUGGAUUAUUGUUACUUUGGAUUUCUGGGUUUUUCAAUAUGACCAUGAUUGACCCCUUCUCUCAUCAUCAAAACCUUAAUUAUUAUUCCAGUACUUAUGGUAUGAGCAAAUUACAAGGGUAUGACUGUAAUUACGACAAAAGUUUUUUACUAACGGAGUCGUCAGAUAAUUAUUCUCAUCAAUCCCUCGUCGACUUUCCCAUGGCGCCAGAUCAUGAUCAUCAUCAUCAAGAAGAAGCAGUAGAAGAAGAACAAGAAGAAUCUAGAACCACAGAGAGUCUUAACGAACCGGCGCCCGGUUCAACCUCCAAAGAUUUCGAACAAGAUGGCGGCUGGCUCAAACUCGGCCUCGGCCGCCAAGUCACCAACAAGCGCGAUCGUCCCCACGACCCGACUAAUUCGUCGUCCGUCACCCGACCCGGAUUGCUGGAACUGACUCUGUUACCGGCCGGCGGUAAUUCCCAAUCUCAACCGUCAACGGUCAUGAUGUCGUCGGCGGCAGCUCCUUAUAAUUAUAUGAAUCCUAGUACUACUACAACUACUAAUUCAUUGAUGUUUCAACAACCUCCGACGGGUGUUAAUUACUAUCCAGUCCCUCGGCAUCAAGAUUUAAACUUUGUGUUUAGACCAACAACAACUCAUGACAAUAUCCCUUCAAGAAAUUUUCAGUCGUUAGCUGCGGCAGCAGCAGUUUCUAAUUAUAAUUUUCCGCCAACCUCUGGAUCUAAUUACUUCACAAGACCAUUUCCUCAACUCCGGCCGGCCGCAGCUGACGUGGCAGGCCCUAGUUUUGAUUUCAGAGUUAUUAGUCCUCCCCGGAGACCCCAUUCCGGCCUGUGGUUUAUCCUUCAAGCAUCCCAAACUCAAUCUAAAGAACCCUUUUUGCCUCAAAUACCCAAGAGCUACCUGAGAAUCAAAGACGGGAGAAUGACGGUUCGUUCGUUGAUGAAGUAUCUAGUGAACAAACUAAAACUCAGCAACGAAUCAGAGAUAGAGAUAAGAUGUAGAAAUCAACAACUUGUGCCAUUUUUAACGUUACAAUAUGUGAGAGACAAUAUAUGGCGUUCAAGGGACUUACCGAGGGACUCUUCUUCAUCAUCGUCUUCUUCAUCUCCGGCAAUUACUACGACUGAUCAUGUCAUGAUUCUUCAUUACUCUAGGAUAUCGACUUCCUAAUCUCUUUCGCUAGAUUUUCGGUUACAUAGCUCUAAUUUCAUCCCACCGCCAACUAAAACAAAAAUUAUAUAUGAGAAAGAAGAUUGAGGAGAGGUGGUUGUACAAUUAAUUUAUCAUUUGUUUUAAUCAUCUUCCCACAUCUAUGCUUGUUGUAUCACCUCUUGUUAAUUUAUUUUUAAAAAAUUAUUUAUAUUUCGAGUACAUUACUUAAUUCUCUCUAUAUAUGAUGAGGUCCUCUUUUAUUUA